AAAUCAACAGCCUAGAUUAGGACAGAGACACCUACGCUGCUGAGUGUGUCCUCCACGACGUUAACGGGUUGGCAGACUUCAAACCAUCAAUUUUAGGUCGCUGUGAGAAGCAGUAUUUUCUUUUAUUUUACGGAGAAACAACUGCGCAGCGACCUAUCAGUUAAAAUGUGUGAAAAUAUAGGAGUCACCGUUCCUGUUGUGAUUGAGCCUGGCGACAGCCUGGUGAGCACUGUCGUGGAGGAUGUCUCGCAUCAGUUGGGCCCGACAUCUCCUAAGGGGAACACCGACGAAGGUCCGGCACCAGGAUCGGAAGCUCCAGUUGUUAUUGUUGCCCCUUCUUUAAGAGUUGAAAAACUGAAAGGAAAUGGAAAUAGCCAUGAUUCCAGCUUUUGUGUCAGCGAGGAAGAGGGUGGUGGUGGACAUCAUGAUUAUUCAGACGAAGGAGAUGGGGAUCAUUCUGGUAAUAACAGCAGCGUUCCUGAUAUGGCUUUGGAUGUUGAUGCCUUGAUAGAUCCUCCAGAUGAAGAGCUGCAACAAAAAAUAAUUAACCUUGUGGAAUAUUAUUUUUCGGAUGAAAGCAUUUUGAAAGAUGCUUUUCUUCUCAAACAUGUCAGGCGGAAUCGGUUCGGGUUUGUGAGUAUCAAACUAAUUACCUCUUUUAAGAAAAUGAAAACGCUGACCAAAGACUAUCGUGUUGUAGCACAUAGUUUAAAAGGAUCAGAGAAGCUUGAACUUAAUGAUGAGUGUACUAAAGUGAGAAGAAAGGAUCCUUUACCAGAUUAUGAUGAAACAGUCCCCUCAAGAACUGUAGUUGCCCUUAAUCUGCCACUUGAAAAUCCAACGAUGGAAAACAUGGCUGAGAUCUUUUCAAAGUGUGGUUGUGUAAAUAAUUUUAGAAUUUUACGACCAGGUUGUUCGAUUCCUUCUGAUUUACAUAAAUUUGCUUGCAAACAUCCAGAGUUAGGCUCAACUAUGUGUGCUGUUGUUGCAUUUGAGAACUAUGAACAAGCUAAAAAGGCUUGUGAAAUUCUUACAAACAAUGACGACUGGAGAAAAGGAAUGCGAGUAGUUCCUCUUAUGGUUCCCAAAAAAAAAGAAGACAAAGAAAAGAAAGAGAAAAAAGAAAAGAAAGAAAAAAAGAAAAAUGAUAAAGAUGAAGACAUCUCCCCAGAAGAAUAUUCAACUGACGAUAAGAAAAGACGCCGUCGUGGCGGUCGGCGGAAAAAGACCAGAGUUGAUGAACUGACUCAAGACUCGUCUUGUUACAGCAGUGGAUCUGAAGGUGAUUCUCCAUCAAAAUCUCUUUCAUCUACGAACAAGUAUCGAAGUGGAGAUCACCUCAGUCCAAAUUUGACACCUCCUAGAGGGGGACGUACUAGUCCUGCUGGGAGUCCCCAUAACAAACGAAGGGGUUAUGGAAAAUCACCUCUGGCUGAUUCCAAUUCAGGUCUUAGUCCCAGAAGCAGCCCUGAAACUGUUCGUCGAGGUAUUGAUUCAUCUGGUGGCGAUAGUACUCCGUCAAGCCCGUGGGUGCAGAGGCGCCUGAGAGUCGCCCAGGAAAAGAUAUCUGGUGGGAGUCCACUGGGCAGCCCUCUUUUGGGAAGACGCAAUCCAGAUGGCACUUUUGUUCAUGGAUCUAUACCUAGAAUGCUUGACAUGACAAAUGUGUUACGUCAGCCUAAAGGCCCCGAUGACACCAAGGGAUUUUACGGAGGAAUGGGCAGAGGGAAACCCAGAAGUAGUACCAUUGCUUGAGUAAAAGUCAAAUGCAUUUAAAUUAUGUACGGUAAUGUUUUUCCUAGACAAGGUUCUUUUCAUCAAAUAAUCUUGAAAUAAAAUGUUAAUCGUAUUUCUUCUCCAACUUGUGCAGUGGGAAGUGUAAGUGGUUUAGAGUUCUGAAGUUUUGCUUUAGUCAAAAUUGUAAUUGUAUGCAAUCUUGGUGAUUAAGUAGUAAAUGUAUUGGUUAUGUGUG